GGGUAAGAUUACAGGCCUGGGGUUCGGUGAUCGUUCCAUCGCUCGUCCAGCGGUGAGGUGGAGUUCUGGGGCAACACCAAUUUGGCUGGCUAUUUUGGGUCGGGUGACUCUGCUCGGGGAUGCACGGGUAGGUGCGAAUACGAGACUGCUACAAUUGAGCCCGAAUGCCAGCUGGCCACCGGCGUGGGGCGUACAGUGCAUCGAAUGCGAUCAUGGCAGGGAAGAGGUUGCAAUUCGAAGUGUUGCAGCUUGUUCAGGAUAUGUACCUAGGUGGACCAUAAGGCUACCUAUCUCGCACAAGAUGUCGUCAAGAAGGAUAAACCAACAUACUAUCCUUCAAUCUGCUCUUCUCCCGUUGAGUCUACGUCUCAGCAGUUCCAAUGGACGUGCCGACUCUGACGAUGCAGCUCGCAUUGGGCUUUUCGCACUGGCUCACGUACCAGACUAGCAUCGCAGCCGAAACUGUCGUCAAUCGGUUGGCGGAGCAAUCGCCCUGCACGGUCCUUGGUAUGGAGGGCGCAAUACUUGACCUAGGUCUCUUAGGAACAGAAGGUCCUUUACCGCAGGCGAACAAAAUAACGGUCCUCCGAGAGCUGACAGCGGCCGCAGAGUCAGGAGGCAAGGUCAUUGCCGGCUUGGAUACAAAAUGUGCGAGAUUCUACCAUGACAGAAAGUACUCACGACGACAUACACAUGACAAGACUCCUAGGCUGGUCCUCCCCUUGUUGACCACGACGUGCAAGUUGACUCAGGCUCAGUCCAAGGGCUGUCUCGCAAUCUUGCUUCUCUCCCCGCAUCGACCGUCUGAAGUGCACGUAAUUCCAACAAGAUACAUGGGUCCAGGACCUACGUUCAAGAAACACCAAAUGGUCAGCAAGACGUGGCCAGUGUUACCUGGUUCGCUGCCGCCCCUGCUGGAGGUGACUCCGCCUCAAUGGAGCCCUUUCGCGAUGCCGAUCUCGUCCUUACUGAUGGCGUGGGAUGAGCAGGCAGAGUUCAUUCGCGGAGCUCGGACUAAUCUGCGAAAUCCUCAUAAUGGGAUCGAGUUUCCAGGCACCCGUCCAGACGAAUUGCAACCGAUAGAGACUCUGCAUCCAGCGCCUCAGAAUUUUAAUCGGGAUUCCUGGUGGAUAGACGAUAUUGUGGAAGCGUCUGAACGUCACGGAAGCUCUCGCUUCCAAGCUUUUCAUCUUCGGACAAAACCAUUGCUGGGAGAUUUCGGGAUUUGGGACAAAGAAACAGGCGAGCGCAUGACUAUCGAGCUAAAGAUCAGGAUGGCGUUAUUGUCCGAGGACGGCAUUCUCUACUGUUACUAUCGACAUGAUCCUGAUUCUGCCGCCACCACUAACACUGGAUGGCAACAACUGAGCCGUAGAUUCUUUUCAACGAUGAGGCUCGUCGACGCAUAUCUGUUCAAGCAGACACCGGCUCGGGGAACUGGUGACCAGCGAUGGAUAUUUGUCCACCGAGACGAGCUUCCAGAUUCUUUUUUCAACGGACUCGAGGACGAUAGGGAACUCAGUCAGUGUGCCUGGAAGCCUGAUGAUACCGAGUUCUGGGAGUUAUGCACCAUCAACUGCAAUCCAGCAGAAGGCAGGAAGUUCGCGGCGCAACUAGAGAAGAUUCUCGUGCGGUUCACCACCGGGGGUCGUAGUCUCAAGACGCGGAGGCAGCGACCUUAUUUGCCUCUUGAGAGAUGUGUGGCCGGCGGACUAAAGCCUGAUCAUCCUGCCACCCAGUCUCUGGCCCACGUUCGAUACGAGUCUUGUACUUUUGAUCUGAAAACACUUCGAGCAUACGAAGUGGCACGGAUUGCGAAGGAGUGCCAGAUCAGAGGACCGGAUUAUCGAGUCAUGUGCACUGGAGCGAGCCUCUCACCGGAGCAUCUGAUAACACCCGUGCCUGCUCCCAACUUUGCAUCACUACCUAUUCAAGCACCACUUAUUCUCAUAGAGUUUCUGCCGGUCUACCUUUCCGGGACUUUGAUGCCCACUUCCUCGUUCGGGAUAAGCACGACGAAGAUGCUACGGCGUCUUUCACUUUCAACACAAAGGAAACCGAUUUUCGUACUUGUACCGUGCGUCCCUGGCCAACCAUUCUUGAAUCGACAGCUCAGUCCCACAUUUCCGUCCACUGUACGGUACAUCGUUCCAUACCACGAGCUACGUUGUGAACGCGUGGUGCGACCUCACACGAAAUUCAGGGAUGGUCACAAUCGACCAUCGCAUGAAUCCGACAUAGAAUUGACAUUGAGAAACGGCAAACUUAUCGACCAAUUCGCAGUUACUGUUGGAGAUGAUGCUGACCUUCUCAUGCGGCUACUUCGACCCGAGUCGGAUGAUACGACGAUGCGUCAUACAACCGUCCGAUUGAGUGAGCUUAUCAUCAAUAAAGCCGACAUUGUCAAAGGAAUUCUGCACGCAGCAGACGAGGCCAUAAGCAUCACCAAGGACAGGUACGGAUACGGUACACGCGGCCAACGUGUGAGGGGUCCAUAGACAGGUUCGGCACCUUCAACUGUCAAACGAUUCGGCAACUGAAUCGGACUGACAAGUACUGGUCGCCUUGACCAACACAGUGUCUGAUAACAUGGACGACCAAUGUUCCACAUCUAUCUUACGUCGCCUAUGGGAGAAUCACUGAGCUCCUGGUAGCUAUGCAGCAGUACCACUUACCAUCGUGGUCAAGGUCCGGUCAUGAAUUUUUCGCUUCGCAUACACAAAGUCAAAAUCGUAAAGGUCACAAUGAAGUGCUACUUGCUGCGCCUGGCAUUGUCUCAGUAGUCACUGCCUCACACUAGGUAGCGCAAUCCUUUGUGACCCUUUGUCGAAAAUCAACUAAAGUCAGCCACUGCCUUUGCUCCACGAGGGUGAUGUACCCAAGCUGUGGUCAAUCUUUUCCUCUUAUAAACUACCUGCUCUCAGAGCCCCUCGCAGCUCUUCUCUAUCGUUCCUAUUUCUCGCGCCAACUAAGCCUUAUUGCU